AUGAAGACUUUCAACACAAUCGCUACUUUGGCCGUUGCUGGCUCUGCUUUGGCUGCUCCAUCUCCAGUGGAGAAUUUGGCACCAAGAGCAUCAUCUUCAUCUCUGACUGCCAUCACAACCAAGGGAAAUGCUUUCUUCUCUGGCAACAACAGAUUUUAUAUCCGUGGAGUCGACUACCAACCAGGAGGUUCUUCCAAAAUCAUCGAUCCUAUUGCCGACAAGACCACUUGCACCCGUGAUAUUGCAAAGUUCAAGGAACUCGGUAUCAACACUGUUCGUGUUUACUCCGUUGACAACACUGCCAACCACGAUGACUGCAUGACCGCUUUGGCAGAUGCUGGAAUCUACUUGGUUCUCGAUGUCAACACACCAUUGUACUCCCUUAACCGUGCUACCCCAGCUCCUUCCUACAACUCCGUUUACCUUCAAAACAUCUUUGCCACCAUUGAUGCUUUUGCCAACUACACCAACACCUUGGCUUUCUUCUCAGGAAAUGAGGUUAUCAACGAUGACACCACCACCAGUGCUGCUCCAUACGUCAAGGCAGUUACCCGUGAUAUGAGACAAUAUAUCGGAAGCCGUGGAUACCGUUCGAUCCCAGUCGGUUACUCUGCAGCCGAUGUUGAUUCCAACAGAUUGGAGAUGGCUCAAUACAUGAACUGCGGUACCGAUGACGAGCGUAGUGAUUUCUUCGCCUUCAACGAUUACUCUUGGUGUGAUCCAUCUUCAUUCACAACCUCUGGUUGGGAUCAAAAGGUCAAGAACUUCACUAAUUAUGGACUUCCUAUUUUCCUUUCCGAGUAUGGUUGCAACACCAACACCCGUGCAUUUGAAGAAGUCAAGUCUCUCUACGGCGCUGAUAUGACUGCCGUCUACUCUGGUGGUCUCGUUUACGAAUACUCCGAGGAAGGAUCCAAGUAUGGUCUCGUCAAAAUUGAUGGCGACUCUGUCACCGAUAAAGAUGAUUUCACCGCUCUCAAGUCUGCUUUCGCCGGAACCCCCAACCCAACUGGAGAUGGUGGAUACAGCUCUACCAACAAGGCUUCUGACUGCCCAGCUCAAUCAUCUACCUGGAACGUUACCUCUGAUGCUCUCCCAGCUAUCCCAUCUGGUGCCGCUGAACUCAUGACCAAGGGUGCUGGUAAGGGUGCUGGUUUGACUGGUGCUGGAUCCCAAAACGCUGGAGGAACCUCUACCGGAACUGCCUCUGCUGGAUCUGGAUCAGUUACCGCUGUUGCCACUGGUGCUAGCACUGCUACUGGUACUUCCAAAGCCAGUGCAGGUAACUCAUUGAGCCCAAUGGAUAAGACACCAAUGAUCCUUGGUGGAUUGAUUGCUAGUUUGACCUUCGUUGGUGCCGCGCUUUUGUAG